AUGAAAGGUUUUUGGAGAGUAGUUUUGGCUGCCGGCCUCGCCUUUGGCCUGCCGCAACCACCCCUACCCACUGCUGGUACCGGAUUCAUCGGAACAUACCAGUGUGCCCAGGACAACUGCCUCCGUGCCGUGCUUGCAACCAACGUCAACCCCAGGGAGCAGGCUAGACGAAAGAGGGAAUGUAGCGCGCUACUCAAGACUACUGUGCUUGGCACUCCAACGUCAGUUGUCACUCAAACAUGCCGAGCUACGACUUACACCGAGACUGUCCAAGUCACCGUCUACCAGCCCACGGCAACCAGUGUCAGGCUUGAGGAUGCCACCACUGCUAGAAGCAACUCUUCUCAGAUUGUGUGGCAUAAUACUUUGUCCGCCUUGGAAAUGGCAACCCUGACCAAGCCCACCCCUGCACUGACGACAAAUGUCCAAUACAAGCGCGACGCGGAUGCGUACUGCUCACGGUGCCUAGAAGAAAACCAGCGAGCACGUAGCAGCGGCCAUCUCGACAAGCGUCAGCUCUUGCCCGGUUGCACGUUCUGCUCUACACAGUCGACUUUUAUAGUGACGCAGACAAGCACACAGACAAUCACUCAGAGCGCACCAGGGCCGAGCGUGACGGUCAUUCCGCCCUCAAGCACGGCACAGAGCACUGGGAUCCCUUCUGUCACCAUUACAACAACAUUUACCACCACUCAGUCGGACCUGACAGAAACACACACUAGCACCGUGGUGCCUCCAUCACCGGAUGUGCCUAUUCCGGCGCCUUCAAUCCCGGCCCCACUGCCUACGGCUCCAAUCCCGACACCGUCGGCCCCGAACCAGGUGCCCACGAUCGUCCCGGUGCCCACUGAGCCGAUCCCUAUUCCAACCUUGCCUACUCCAGUGCCCCCGUCGAUCCCAGCACCUACAAUUCCCGGCCCUUCGGACUCCCCGACAACCCCUAUUCCCAGCUCUCCGACCGUUACUCGGACCGUAACGGCUACACAGACGAGCAGCACUCAGACUCCUCCAGUUCCGACCAUCACUCCGCCAGUGCCGACAAUCACUCCACCGGCGCCGACACCGCAGCCUCCCCCGCCCCCUCCGACCAACACGCCGACACCGCAGCCCACGCCGCCGCCAACCGACGAGGGCAACGAGUUCGCCCUGCUGGCGAUCCCAGGCUACGCGACUGGGCUCUGCGCCAAACCCGAGGACUACGUGUCGGCGUGCGAGUGCUACGGCGUGCGGCCGCAGGUGUCGACCAGGCCGCCGGUGCAGGCUGUAAGCACCCACUGGGUAUACAACACCGUUACCACCACCGCCACCGUCACGAUGCCGGGGACGCCCUGUCGGCGAAAGAGGGAGGUUUGCGCCCCCUUUGCUACUGAGGCGGUUGCGUCGUUGAAAUGA